CCGACUAGGAGAGAGUCAUGGGAAGCGCACGCACAUGGAACGUUGACGCCGAAAUCGACCCCAGGAUACACAGCACAGCAGAUCACGUGGCAAUGGCCGUGCGCAUUCUCGUCGAAUCGGGAACCACGGCGUUCCUCCGCAUGGAGGAACCCGCGACCGAAGCGUUUUGCUCACAGGUGGCAUCGAUGUACCAAGCAGUGCCGUACCACAAUUUCAAGCACGCGUUCAGCGUCAUGCACACGACAUACCUGCUACUACAGAGCUACAUCCAGAGUCCAUUUACGCCCCUGGAAGUCGCAGCAUUGCUCUUGGCGGCGCUGUGCCACGACAUUCAACACAACGGCCGAACCAGCAGUUUUCACCAGACGACCAAGUCUGCUUUGGCCCGAGAAUACGCUUCCCACAAAGGAUCGGUGCUGGAAGCCAUGCACGCGAGCGUCGCCAUCGACACCAUGACCGCCGAGCACGUGUUUGAUCACGUGGUGGCGGCGGACGCCGACGCGAUCAAGAGCAUGAUCCAGGAGCUGAUCUUGGCCACAGACAUGGCACUGCAUCCCCAAGUCAUCCAAGCGUAUGCAGACAAGAAGAGCAGCGGGGAUUCCCUAACCCAAGCCAAGAUGAUUCUGCAUUGUGCAGACAUUUCGAACCCGACCAAGAGUCCUGAAGUGGCAAAGUGGUGGUCCCACGCGGUCCUGCGCGAGUUUUGCAUGCAAGUGGACGAAGAGCAAAAGCUCCAGUUGCCCGUGAGUGGCUUUAUGAAGGCCGACUUGUUCAGCCGCGAAGAGGCCAAUAUGCACUUGGAAUUUGUCGACUCGUUCGCUGUGCCCGCGUGGCGCCUCUUGGCCGUGUCCUCCCACUUUGACGAGUACGUGACCCGGCAGUGCAUGACCAACAUCGUUCUGUGCCGCAAGAUGUGGCUGGCAGCCAUGGAGCCCACCGUCCAGCUCACAGUCAUGUCGUUCCCUCGGACGUUGAAGCGCACCAAGUCGUCGUACGAAGACAUGAGUCCAUGUGGGGACGACGAAAAGGCUAGCUCGACUAAGCGCCGAUGUAUGAAAAAGGUGGUCCGACGAUCAGGUCUAGAAACUGCCGCCGUGGAUGUGAAUGUCACAUAAUGUCGUACGUCCAAGUAACUUAACAAUAUUAUUUAAUUGUACGUGAUCA